AUGGGCAAGACGCUCGAGCACGACGCUUCCAUCGAGAAAAAGGACCUCGGCUCCGACGUCGGGUCGUCCAUCGAGACCGACAGCGCGCAUGAGGGGCUCGAGUUCCCCACUGUCGAUGAGCUCACCACGCUGAGGCGGGUGCAGGAUGAUGUUCCGUGGAAUGCCUAUGCGAUCGCGUUUGUCGAGCUCGCAGAGCGUUUCUCGUACUAUGGUUCCAGCAUCGUCUUCGUAAACUACAUCCAACAGCCCCUUCCCUCCUCCACCGGCGCCGACCCAAAUGGCCAAGCCGGCGCCCUCGACAAGGGCCAGCAGACCGCGACCGGCCUCAACACGUUCUACGCCUUCUGGUCGUACUUCGCCCCGCUCAUCGGCGCGCUCAUCGCCGACACGUACUGGGGCCGCUACAAGACCGUCUGCGUCUCCGUCGGGAUCGCCAUGCUCGGGCACAUCAUCAUGAUCAUCAGCUCCGUCCCCGGGAUUAUCGGUACAGAUGCGUCGUUUGGCGUGUUUGUGCUGUCGAUGAUCGUCACGGGCUUUGGCGCGGGCAUGUUCAAGGCGAAUAUUUCGCCGUUGAUCGCGGAGCAGUAUCGGAAGACGAAGCUGUUUAUCAAGGUGCUGCCGAGCGGGGAGCGGGUGAUUGUGGACCCCAGCUUGACGAUAUCGAGGAUCUACAUGUACUUCUACCUGUUCAUCAACGUCGGCUCGCUCCUUGGCCAAAUCGGCAUGGUCUACGCAGAGAAAUACAUCGGAUACUGGCUCGCGUACACGCUGCCCACCAUCGUCUUCGCGCUCUGCAUCCCCGUGCUCUGGUGGGGCAACAGCCGCUACCGCAAGUCGCCGCCCACGGGCUCCGUCCUCGCGGCCGCGCUCCGCCUGUGGCGGUACGCCGCCAGGGGCCGGUGGUCGCUUAACCCUGUUAAGACGAUGCGGAAUCUCAAAGCGGCGGACUUUUGGGAGAACGCGAAGCCGAGCCAUAUCAGCCCUGAUGAGCGGCCCCGGUGGAUGGCGUUCGAUGAUAACUGGGUGGACGAGGUGCGGAGAGGGUUCAAGGCGUGCGCGGUGUUCCUGUGGUACCCGCUCUACUGGCUCGCGUACAACCAGCUCGUGUCGAACCUGACCUCGCAGGCCGCGACCAUGUCCACGCACGGCGUGCCCAACGACGUGCUGAACAACCUCGACCCGCUCGCGCUCAUCAUCUUCAUCCCCAUCUGCGACCUGUUCAUCUACCCCGCGCUCGCGCGCGCCGGGAUCAAGUUCACCGCCCUGAAAAAGAUCGCAUGGGGGUUCUUCAUGGCCGCGGCGGCCAUGAUCUGGGCGACGGUCAUCCAGUACUACCUCUACAAGACGAACCCGUGCGGGCACGCCGCGGCGACAUGCGUCGACGCCGCGGGCGACCCGCUCGUCUCGCCGAUCAACGUGUGGGCGCAGACGGGGAGCUACGUGCUCAUCGCGUUCUCGGAGAUCUUCGCGUCUAUAACGGGGCUCGAGUACGCGUUCACGAAGGCGCCGAAGAACAUGCGCUCGCUCGUGAUGAGCAUUUUCCUGUUCCAGAGCGCGUUCGCGAGCGCGAUCGGGGAGGCGUUUAACCCGCUCGCGGCGGAUCCGCUGCUGGUGUGGAACUAUGCGGUGUCGGCGAUCCUGUCGGGUGUGGGCGGGGUGUUCUUCUGGUUGUCGGUGCGCAAGCUGGAUAAGCAGGAGGAUGAGCUGAAUAAUCUUGCGGAUGGGCACUUUGAUGGGGAGAAAUGA